AAAAACUGUUCUUUUUCAUUUGAAUUCAUCAAAUUAACAUUUGUAUUGUUUAAAUUAUAUUUCAAUUAUAUAAUCUGAUUGAUUGAUUUCUUGUCGUGUACGUUUGAAAAGUAAACGUUUAAGAAGACCAUUUCAAAUCAAUAAUAACACUUGUUUAUAAUAAUUAUAUUAUUUAUCCAUUUGUUAUAAAUAAAAAGAAAACAAAGAUGAUUCGAUUGUUUGCUACGCAAGUGAAAAAAGUGUCUUGCACCAUUUCAUCAUCUUUAAAAAAAGCAAAUAAUUUAGCAUCUAAAGAAACAAUUAGAAAUUUUAGUAUUACUUCAAGAUGUCUAGGAGCUUGGCCGGAAAUCCAAAAACCUGCACCAGAUUUUACCGGAAUGGCAGUGGUCGAUGGUAACUUCAAAGAAAUAAAAUUAAGCGAUUACAAAGGCAAAUAUGUUGUCCUAUUUUUCUAUCCUUUAGAUUUUACGUUCGUGUGUCCAACAGAGUUGAUAGCAUUUUCUGAAAGAAUUGCUGAAUUUAAAGCAUUGAACACACAAGUAAUUGGUGCAUCUACGGAUUCUCACUUCAGUCAUCUUGCAUGGACUAAUUUGCCAAGAAAACAAGGCGGUUUGGGUGGAGAUUUAGGAUACCCUUUGUUAAGUGAUUUCAAUAAAGAAAUCGCAGCAAAAUACAACGUACUCUUAGAAGGUUCUGGUAUAGCAUUGAGAGGAUUAUUCAUCAUCGACAAGGAAGGAAUACUUAGACAAUUAAGUGUAAAUGAUUUACCAGUUGGUCGUAGCGUUGAUGAAACGUUAAGAUUGAUAAAAGCUUUUCAAUUUGUCGAAGCUCAUGGAGAAGUAUGUCCAGCCAAUUGGCAACCAGAUUCUAAAACGAUCAAACCAAAUCCGAAAGAUAGCAAAGAAUACUUUGAAUCGGUCAAUUGAAUUUUCUAUAUAAUUUUCUAAAUAUAAAUAUAUAAUAUAAUAUAUAUAUAACUAUACAUAAUAAUUAUAAAC